GCGACACAUCUUCCCCGCGCUGCGUUGCGGCAAAAACAUCCUCUUGUUGGUCUUCCGGCUGGCAUGUUUUUGCCGCAGCAGUCACCACCACAGUGAUCAGCCAUGGCGUCAAACUCGCCCAAAGCCUCAUCCCGUCCCUCCUUAUAGGCAUGGUUCUGUGGACAGUGGCAUUCGCCAUCGCGUGCGUCAUGUACAGAAGUCAUUUGACCGGCGGCAUGGUCGGCGCCGCGAAGAUCAGCACCGUACCGGCGGUUCUGCAAUUUUUGGAUUACAAAUGUAGCAUCCGGUGCGCGUGAUGGAGGGUGGCCAUGGAGGGGCAGACACACGGCAUUUAAUCCAAUCUUCCGUGCACGUGCGUCAGGAUAUCGAUGACCUGGUGGAAGGAGCUCAGGGAUACGUUGGUGGAGAACUACGAGAAUGGGUUGGUGGAGGAAGACGUGUACGGGUGGUUGAAGAACUACUUCGAUGAGAACAUAGAGCUGCUGACUGGCAUGCAGCAAUGGACUGCAGAGGCGCGGGCGAGUCUCACGGAACGCAUGGGAGCCAUCUGGCGUGUCGGCGUGUCGGCGAUUGCAUUGGCAUGAGUGCAUUGAAGACACAAUUGACGGCGUAACGCGAUGAAUCAUAGAGACAGCUGGAGAGACGUGUUUGUCGAUAUCGGUAAGUCAGUCAGUGUGUUAGCAAUCAAUGCUGGCCGGCUGGCUGUCGUGUGUC